AUGGCUCCUUUAGGUGAAGUUGGGAACUAUCUCGGGGUCCAAGACGCGGGGCCCUUUGGGAACGUGCCCGUGUUGCCGGCGGACAGCCCGGUUUUGCUAAGCGACCACCUGGGGCAGUCCGAAGCAGGUGGACUCCCCCGGGGGCCUGCGGUAACGGACUUGGAUCACUUAAAAGGCAUCCUGAGGCGGAGGCAACUCUAUUGCAGGACUGGAUUUCAUUUAGAGAUUUUCCUCAAUGGUACGAUCCAAGGAACCAGGCAAGACCACAGCAGAUUUGGUAUCCUGGAAUUUAUCAGUAUAGCAGUAGGCCUGGUCAGCAUUCGAGGGGUAGACAGUGGACUUUAUUUGGGAAUGAAUGAAAAAGGAGAACUAUAUGGCUCGGAUAAAUUAACCCAGGAGUGUGUGUUCAGAGAACAAUUUGAAGAGAACUGGUAUAAUACAUACUCAUCAAACCUAUAUAAGCAUGUGGACACUGGAAGACGAUAUUAUGUCGCAUUAAAUAGAGAUGGAACCCCCAGAGAAGGGACCAGGACUAAACGGCAUCAGAAAUUCACACAUUUUUUACCUAGGCCAGUGGACCCUGAGAAAGUCCCUGAACUAUAUAAGGAUAUUUUAAGCCAAAGUUGACAAAGACAUUUCCUUCACUUGAGCCCUUAAAAACCAACAACCACUAUAAAGGUUUCAUGCGGUGGGUUCUUAAUUGAUUAGCUGUGUCAUCACAUCAGCUCCACUGUUGCCAAACUAUGUCGCAUGCAUAAUAUAUGAUGGAGGCUUGGAUGAAACUUGCUG